CUCUACCCUAUGCCCCAAUGCCGAGUUACGAAGAGCGCCCUACCUGGUUUGAUAAUGUGUUUGGCAGCACGAUGGCUGCAUUCCUCGUUCACGCAGACUCUCCCACUCUCGUCAGGAUCGAACUCCUCGCACUUACAACUCCUGCACUGGAGACGAAAGGUGUCCUGGAAAUCUCUCAUUAG